AUGGCCUUCAUCCCCUCCGAGCAUGCGUUCCCCAUAAGAGUAAACGCAGUAGAACGCUUCAUCGACACCUCCGCCGCCGCAACCACCUUCUGGGAAGACGUCCGAGACGACCUACAGCCCUGGACCCAUUCCAACCUCAACCCAGACCUUGCUCCCAUACGCGAAGGUUUCGGUUACGAAGUGCGACACUACUACAAGAGCCCGUCUGACGACGUUGAGAUAUUCCCAGGUGCCCAGGGUGUGAUUGUGGGUGUACCGCCGCCGGAUCGUGGUCAUGCUAGAGGCUAUGCAAAGGUUCAUGUUCCUGAACUCGAUCAGGUCAAGAUCGUACCGAUGGUGAUCCUUCGAACUGGCAACGUUCACAUUGAGAAUCGCAACUUGUACAACGAGAUCAUCAGUCGCCAAGGUAUACUCGCUUCGAAGAGUGGACAGCCGUUUGACCAGCUUAAUGUGGUUACUCAAGCGUACCUCUUGGCUCUGGCUGCGACCAACGUGGAGAAGUGUUAG